CAGGCCAGCACGCACAGGCAGAAGAGACGACAAGUCACCCGGAGGGCGGCACCGACCGACGUCUUCAUCCCGCGCCCGCAUCCCGCCGCACGCUUUCCCAGCUCGAUCGAGCCCAAUCCACGCUGACACCUCCAAGGUCUGGCGGCCUGCUCUCUCCAGGCACCGCGCUAGGAUUAGAUCAACUUGGAAACGCCGAGGGGCCUAGCCAUUAAUGCCAUUCAAGCCUGCUCGCGCCUCCUCUAGCUAGAGGCCUCUCUGCUUCUGCCCCCUUGCUCGCAUUGCGCUCUCUUGAUCCACGGUCCGUGCACUGGCAGCUCGAUGCAUACUACGGCAAUGGAGAUGACCGGCGGCACGGGGAGAAGGCCGCCGGUGGCGCUCGGCGCGAAGGCGGCUCCUCUGAGGAACGACAAGGUGAUGGAGAAGGAUCGCAGGAGAACCAACUCCAGGGCGCCGGCCAUGAAGGCGUCCACCAACGCUGCUACCCCAGCUGCCAACAGGAACAGAAGCCAAGCAAGGAGGGAUAGGAAAAUGGCGCUGCAGCAAGACGUGGAGAAGCUGAGGAAGAAGCUGCGGCAGGAGGAGAACGUCCACCGAGCCCUGGAGCGGGCGUUCACCAGGCCACUGGGCGCGCUCCCUCGCCUUCCUCCUUACCUGCCCUGUCAGCUAUUGGAGCUUCUGGCGGAGGUGGCUGUGUUGGAGGAGGAGGUUGUCCGGCUCGAAGAGCAGGUGGUGAGUUUCCAGCAAGGCCUCUACCAGGAGGCCAUCAUCGCUUACCUCUCCGGUGGGGGUGAACGGUGCUCGCCGGUACAGCUCUGGCCGUCACCCCAAGUGCAGAAUUCAGAGGUUUACCCGGCGGCGCGUAAAUGUUCCGAUCAAGAUGCUAAUUGGUCAUCUCUGAAGCGAGUCGACAAUGCGAAGCAGACCCCGAUCGGAAAGCCUCUCUGUUCGCCGAGCCAAGGUGAUAGUCCUGGGAAGGAGAACCUGCUGUGCUCCACUAAUUCAUGCAGAGAUUUCAGAUGGCCGCCGACACUGAACUAAAUAAUGUGCCGAGAUGCAGUGGAGAAUUGCUCCCCAGGGAAAAGAGACUUCUAAAUCUUGAGAACACCAAUGCCACUGUGUUCAGAUUAUCAGUUAGGCAUCGCCCGAUGCGAACAAUGUGCCGGAUGAGCUAUUGAGGUGCCUGCUAGGCGCAGCAUGAGCUUCGCCGGUGGCCAAGAGGAGAUGGGCACAUUGUCCCUUAUCCAUUUCUACGAGAGCUCCGACAACCGGCAUGUGCAACCGGAGACCCGAAUUCCAGGCCAGGGGCAUUGGCCCUUGCAUACAUUUCCGAGAAGGUGUUGCCACUACAUUCCACAGCGGGGUGUUUCUGCUCCCAACGCCCAUCAUCUUGGCCAGAGAUUGAAGUGAGCUCCCACUGAUCUGAGUAACCACUAAGUAAACAUAUGUUAGUGCAAAAGUAGAGUAUAUCGUGUGGUGUAAUUUGUAAUGUGGUGUGAGUUGGCGUGGCUGUUUCACUUGGGAUGCUGAACGGUCCCUGUCUACCAGACAAAAUUAGGGCCUUGCUCUCCAAAUGCUCUCACCAGCAUAGGCCUGGAUUCAACAACUACAGCUGCUGCAUGAUGGUUGUAAGCUGUCCCUCAUCAUUGAGGGCUCCUUUUUCUUGUCCUACGAGAUAUACUCUGGUAGGAAUUGAGGGCUCCUUUUUCUUGUCCCACCAGGUGUCAAGCUUACCUAUUCACAAGUAAUAGAACUGUUACUGCUACU